UAUCUCUGUAAAUAUUGUGAGAAAAGUUUUGCACACAGACCAAAUUUAAGUCGUCAUAUUAGUGAAAAACACAAACUUCUUCGCUAUUUCUGUCCAUUCUGUGACACAUCUUUUAUCAGAAAGACCCAUCUUACCAAACAUAUUCCAUCAUGCCCAAGUAAAAUGAAAAAACGUGACGAUGAUUUACCAUAUGGAUGUAAAAUCUGUGAGAAGAAGUUUACAUUUCAAACCAGUUUACGACGUCAUAUCCGUGAAAAACAUUUGAAUAUCCGCUUUAUUUGUCCACACUGUGGAAUGACAUUCACACAGAAAGUGUCCCUGUUUAACCACGUUGAAUAUCGUUGUAAAGGACCAAAUCCCGUUACUUUCAUGGAAAAAAAGAAAAACGUUGAAAUGGAGGACGAAGGUUGA